AUGCAAUUCUCCAACUUCAUCCUCGCAGCUGCUGCUGCCAGCGCCGUCGCCGCCAAGGGACACCAAGCUCAUGCCACAGGCAACAGCUGGGGUAACAGCACCACCACUGCUACUGCCUACAUUACCCAGACCGUCACUGCUUACGAGACCUACUGCCCCAAGAAGACCAUCUUCACUCACGGUACCAAGACCUACACUGGUCUUAAGAAGCAAUGGGUUACUGUUACUGACUGCAGCCCUGCUUGCACUAUCUCCAACAAGGCUGGUCAGAAGCCAACCGUUGUCCCCGUCGGUGCCAACCCCAAGUACAACAACGGCACUGUCCCUGCUACCACUACCGUCGCAGCUCCCGGCAAGACUCCUUGCCCUUGCGCAACCGGAUACUUGAGCGCCACCCCCUCCGCCAAGUCCUGCAUGUGCCCCGCUGCCGGUGCUGGUUCUUCCAGCAACUCUGGUAGCUCUGGUUCCAGCUCUGGUUCCAACUCUGGCAACUCGGCCAACUCUGGUUCCUCCAACUCUGGUUCCUCCAACUCUG